AUGCACCCCAUUGCUGGGCCUUCCUCUUUGGCGAUGCAACCCGGGGGUGAUCCGACCGCCGCCGAGGAGCAAGGACCCAAGCGUCGACGGGUGAGUGAGAUGCGCAGCCUUUUGCCGCGAAGCCUUCCACCACAAGCACAUGACUGGAGGCCCGCAAAUACCCAAUCGACUCACCUUGGACCCUUUGAUCACUUCCGCCCACAGAUCUGGGCUGCCUGCGAGCUCUGCCGAACAAGAAAAGUGAGAAAUUUCAUGGGCCCUCUUUCAUGCUAUUCUCACGAUUUCUUUUCCCAUGUGUCCAUGUAAUCUUGUCCUGCGCUGGCGCACAGGCUCGCUGCAAUGGAGAGCAUCCUUGCAGCGCUUGCAUCAACAAAGCUCGCUCUGCUAUGCCUCGAACUCCGGGGCGAGCGGCUCAUUCCGCAGCUAUCGAAGCCCAUGCUCUGAACCUGUGCAUCUUCGAUUGGGAUCGUGCUCCGCGGGGACCCAAGGCGAAGCCCCAGGCAGCGACUGGGGCAAACUCUUCGACCUCAGGCGUGCCAGCUUCGAAUGCUGCCCAGACGAAAGCCAAGAAGGCGCCGCUGCCAGCGAGAGGGGCGCCGCGGAGCGACAGGAGUGCCGGGUCUGCAUACAUGGCUGCGAGAGCAACUGGAUCCGGAGCGAGGAGAGACAGUAAUUCAGCGGAUGGCAGUAGUCCGAGCACGGUACUCGGUCCUUCGCCCAGCUCUUCAGCAAAUGGUGAGUGAAGAAGCUGUCACGAAUGCUCGCGUCUGGUGAGGCACUCGGUGUCCCACAUUGAUAAGCUGUCCCAUCGCUUUUUCACCGUUGUCAGGGCACUUUGCUGCGGUGCCGUCAGCAGCCUCCUCUCCCGGCGGAACCACCUCCUCCGCCGCCUUUUUCCAUCAGAAUCGAUCUUCUGCCGCAUUUGCAGCCAUGCACCUCGGUCCUGGGGCGCAUGAGCCCCCUCAAUUUCCUCUGCAGGCUCCGCGAGCAAAUAUGGCGCCGUAUCCAUACUGGCAAGACCAGCCGAAUCCAAACCCGAACGAUAUCAUCAAUCGUGCAGCGGGCACAAGUCACGAGUUAGUAUACUCGCACCACGGCCCCAUAUCUGUCGACUUGACCCAUGCGCCCUCUACGAGCAGCGCGCAAAGUGGAAGCAGCCGGUUGAAAUCGCCAAUUUCGCCACUGCAAACCAGUGCAGGUUUAUGGGCCGCCAGUAGCCCUUACACGCAGCUCUACGCCCCACCGCCCUCGACGGAUCCGACGUCGCCGCCACCCUCUUCGUGGUCGGGUGUGGAUCCUGCAUCCGCCCGGUCAGCUGGAGCGACAAGUCCGCAAUUGAACGCUCAGCAGCCGCAGCCGCCGCCCUCAACGCUGGAUCGUAGACGUAGCUUCAUCUCGUCGCUUCUGAAUGUAAGUGCGGACUGUCCUGCUCCUGAUUACCUUGGUCGACUAAUUCAAUGACCCUCUUGACCACCGCGCAGCAACUGCAACAAUACUACUCCCGAGAUGACAGGCUCUACAUCGCACUAGCGGUCGCGCAAUUUGCAGAUUUGGACGCGUCCACGAAGCUCUUUCCGGCCAGGAUCCUGUGGGGUGUUGACCCGAUGACGGGCGAGCAACCUCCACCAAUUCCGAAUCACCUGCAAAUUGCGCUGCUUUCCUUGCUAGCUCAUAGAGCUUUGCUCCUUCCUGGCGAGCGUAGCGAACGUGACCUUGAAGCUGUCGAGGCGGGCGUUCGAGAUGAACUACUCCGAUGCAAGCUGACCAACGAGCAAUUGAGGGAAGGGCUGCUUGGGUUUGCUCGACGUAGCUGGAAUAUCGCGCACGACUUGCUCCUACAGCUCAUCGCUGAAGGUGCCGUAGACCCCCUUUUACUAUUGACAGGUGAGCGCACGUGGGAUUUCCGAGGUUGCUUGCGGAGCGGGCUGACACAUGUUUUCGCUUCUCCAAAGGAUACGCUCUUGACAUGUCAGCAUCCGAAGAUGGUAUUUCGUCACACUCGAUGCUGGAAAUGAAGGUGAGUGCGACGUUUCCAAUCGCGAUGGCGGAGUGGGCAUCCCAUUCAUACCUCUAAUUUCUAAUGCUGCUCCUGCGCCCGCUAGGCUUGGUUGUUCUAUGUGCUUCGCGCCUGGCGCCUCGACGUUCUCGAUUUACCUGCUCACAUAUCGCCUGAGGAGGACAGUACAUCUCUGAGCGAGGAACAAUCCGAGAAAGAAUUGGCGCAGUUCACGGAAGGCACGCCAAGGCCUCGCAAGUGCGACGCUCGAUUCUACGUUCAGUAUCCUCCGGAUCGCGAUGCUCUGCGACGCGUGACACUAAUCAUCUGCUCGAGCUACGUCUGGACCCGCACCUCGGAUGAUUUCGAAGCCACGCCGUUCUCGCUUUCUUCUCUGAAGAUCAGCCUCGUGGGCUCCGACAAUCUUAUACAUCGUGUGAGUUGUCGGCGAGGAGAUGAAGCGUAUGCGAUGCUUGGGCUGAGUUUGAUGUUCGUUUCGUGCUGCAGGGCGCAGCAUGGACUCCGACCAGGAGGGACGGCGCAAUGACAGACACAUCAGUCUUUGCAGUCCAGCACGUUGCUUUUCUGCUCUUUGGGAGGAUCAUCCGCAUGCUCAAUACGCCCCUUGAGGUGCUUCUCGCGGAGAACGGCCCUGAGCCAGAUCUCCAGAAGGCGGUCGACGAAAUCGAGGAGACAUUGCAGUGGGCCAAGGCAUGUCUGCCAAUGCCAAAACUUGAUGGUAAGUGCUGCAGUGUUUGCUCUCCACGCGGAGCCAUGUAUAGCAACUCGAUGGUAAUUUUGACUGACGAGCCCCACCACCCGUCUCCGACAGGCUCAGAGAUGCCUUUGGCAGUCUCGGGGUUCCUGCACCUGCGCGUCAUAGAUCUGCUUGCUUACAGACUCUUCGCAGCUAUUGUGCUGUUCCAAAAUUUCGUUGCCGACGAGCCAGAGGUUGCGACCAGCUCUCUGCGCUUGCAAGUCAUUAUGGAGCCGACUCCAGAUCUGAGCAGCCAGUAUGAAACCCUGCGCACAGGUCAUCUGAAAAACAAUUAUAGCCUGGAGCAGGCUAUGGAUGCGCCGCUCAGUGCUUCGGCACGCCCUGAGAGACCUCCACCCCGCGCGAUGCUGCACAUUUCGAAGGAUCCGUCCGCGGCGGCCAUGGCACCAUUGUUCGAGGUCGACAAGGUUGUUUCAAAGACACUCACCAUGCUGGAGAACCAAGCAGAACCGGUGGCGGAAGAGGUCGGUACGGCGGCUGGCGUCACAUUGGUCGCAAUCGGCCGUGCGAUGCGAUGGCCAAGGCACCUGCACAAAUUGUGCACGCAUGCCUUUGCACUCUCUGCAGAGAUCGAUGUGUCUCAAGAGGCAUGGGCAAAACAUUUCGAAAAUCAUGGUCCUGCACCUUACUGGGCUGAGCCGGUCACACACGCCAAGAUACCGCCAAAAGGUAUGUACCCGCGGUCGCAUUGAGGGCGUGAGGUGUGAUGCGCUCAAGGCUCGCUCACUAAGACACGGCUUCGCGCUCUUCCCAGCAGCGACGCAGGAAGUGGUCGAUGCUCUUUGGCAAAUCGGGGACCGUAUCAUUCGCCUCUUGCACUUACUUGGCAAGUGUGAGUGCAGCACCUUGGCCUUGUGUUGGGCUGUGCCACUUAUUCUGACUCUUCAUCGCCGACCCCCGCAGCUGGAAGCAUGCACUCCCGGACCACCGCUGAGAAGGCUCAACGAUAUCGAGCCGAGCGCAUCGCUUGGGUCCAUGCACAGAAGGCUGCACAGCUUCACGGUUGA